AUGGCGUCGCUGCAAAUAGGUUCUGGCUGGCCGAACAUUAAAGAUGAAUAUGAACUAAAAGAAGUUAUAGGUUCUGGAGCGACUGCAGUUGUUCAAAUGGCAUUGUGCAAAUCAAGAAAUGAAAAAUGUGCAAUCAAAAGAAUUAACCUUGAAAAGUGUAACACUACUGUUGAAGAGCUGCUGAAAGAAAUCCAAGCAAUGAGUCAGUGUAAUCAUGAGAAUGUUGUAAGUUAUUACACGUCGUUUGUUGUUAAAGAAGAACUCUGGGUUGUUAUGAAGUUGUGUGGAGGAGGAUCUUUAUUGGAUAUCAUAAAAUAUCGGAUGAGGACUGCUGAAUCAAAAUCUGGAGUGUUGGAUGAAGUUACUAUUGCAACCGUUCUUAAAGAAGUUCUGAAGGGGUUGGAUUACUUUCACAAUAAUGGACAAAUACACAGGGACAUUAAGGCAGGGAACAUUCUUCUUGGGGAUGAUGGAAGUGUGAUGAUUGCUGAUUUUGGAGUGAGCGCAUGGCUGGCCGCAGGGAAGGAUAACAACAGAGAAAAUGUUCGGCAUACAUUUGUAGGCACUCCAUGCUGGAUGGCUCCGGAAGUCAUGGAGCAAAUAUCAGGAUAUGAUUACAAGGCUGAUAUAUGGAGCUUGGGCAUAACUGCCAUUGAACUGGCAACAGGAACGGCUCCGUACCACAAAUAUCCGCCAAUGAAAGUGUUGAUGCUGACGUUACAGAAUGACCCACCAACACUUGAAACGGGCACAGAUGAUAAAGAUCAAUAUAAAGCUUAUAGUAAAUCUUUUCGAAAAUUGAUCAGCGAAUGUCUAAAAAGGGAACCUGAUAAGAGACCAACUGCCAAACAGCUUCUAAAAAAUGAAUUUUUCAAAAAAGCCAAGGAUAAGCAGUAUUUAGUGAAGACACUAUUGUCUGAAGGUGCAACGGUAAACUUGCAGAAAGUUAAAAGAGUUCCAGGUAUGAGUGGUCGCAUGCACAAAAAUGAAGAAGGUGAAUGGGAAUGGUCGGAUGAAGAAGAAGAUGCAACUGCUAACAAGGCCACCACAGCAGCAGCAUCAUCAGCGGUAGCUGCGGUGAUGUCAUCUCCUCAACAGCAGCAGCAACAACAACAUGAAAUCAUUCAUGCAGAGGAGCAGGCAGGACAGGGGCAAUGUAUAUAUCUCGUUCUCAGAUUGAGAAAUGAAAACAAAGAACUUAACGACAUUAAAUUUGAAUUCACCGCUGGGGAGGACACUGCUCAAAGUGUUGCUAGAGAAAUGGUAGAAGCUGGUUUGGUGGAUGGAAAAGACCUUAUUGUUGUCGCUGCGAAUCUACAAAAAAUAUUGGACAACCCAGAAAUGAGAGGAAUUGUGUUUGCUUUGAACUAUACGUGCUCAGCUCAUGAAGUACCUGACGACAAAGCUUUGAUUGGCUUUGCUCAACUUUCGAUUGUUGAUCCUAAUGAUCCAGAGGCUAACAUUGACUCACGACUUUAAUAUUUAAAUUAUUAUUCCUAUAUGUUAUUGUGAUAAUAUGGUAACGAUGUGUUGACACUUUUUUAGACACAUUAAAAUUAUUUUACCCCAUUUAAUUUUUCUAAUAUACAACUUGAUUUUGAUUGCACAGUGCUUAGUGUAGAUGUUCAUCCG